AUGCCGGUAGCUACCCCGACGGGGCGGCCGCCGGACGAACAACACCAUCUCAGUGGGGACACCCUCCAACCCGACCAUGAGAAGACGGGGCUCCGCUCUCCUUUGCUCGCGAUCGCGCCCGCCGCCGCCGUGCCGUCAGACUCACUUGUUGAGCAGAUGGACGUGACGGAGGCUGCUGAGUUGGAGAUCGCUUCAGAUGGACCUGCUGUCGGGACGGAUAGAAGGAACGAGAUGAACAAUCUCUCCGAAAACCUCUCCCCAACAAUGGAUCCCGGUGGGAGAACACGACCUGGUCACAGGAUGUUACGAGGCCGAACCAGAACUCAGAGUCUCGGACAAGUUCAGGGCGCAACUCAGCAAACCGUGGCAGAGAACGCUCGUCUUUCGAGGACUGCAGUGCAUUUUUAUCACAAGGAGCUUCUAUUCACCCUCGACAAUCUUAUUGGAAGGUCCAUCAAGCUCGACUUUCAUACGCAACAUCAACAACGAGCCAAAUUUGCGCGAAUGGCGGUGGAAGUGGAUCUCUCAAAACCUUUGGUUCCCAGAAUCAGAUUAGAUGUGUAUUGGCAGAAGGUAGAGUAUGAAAAUCUGGCUAUGGUGUGCUUUGAGUGUGGCAGGGUGGGUCACACUAACCUAUCAUGCCCUGAUCUUGAUCGGCGACAAGGGGAGGAAGGAAAGGCGGUGGCCUUGCCGGCAGGGGAUGCUACGAACGGCGACACAAAACCGGAAUCGAACGCGGGAUACGGCCCGUGGAUGGUGGUCACGCAGAAAUCGCGGCGGAACCAAAAGGAGCAGAUCAAACAUGGAAGGUUGGAGGCAGAGAUGGCAACAAGUAACGACUCUAAUAGAAUUGAGGAAAGGAAAGAAGCACUUUCCCUGGGAAAGUCAUCUUCCCAGAAUAAUUCAAGGAUUCAGCUAAAGCAACGGGUCUCUGCUGAGAAUAAACUGGAGGCGGACAAAAAGGGAAAGAACAACGAAAAGAAUGGUAAGGGGGAUAGCAAGGAGAAAGGAAAGGUUUUGGGUCACAAAGCGAAGUUGGGAGAAGGUCUUCUUGGGCCGCAUCCGAUGGAGGCCUCGUCCAGUAGGCCCACGGUAGAAGACAGUCAGAAAAUCAAUCAUUUAUCUCCUUCGAGCAAGGCCACUAAGGAGAAAAGGGCUGAGCAGAAUAAGCCCAUUGGAAAUGAUACGGGGCCAACCAGCCAUCCCCCUGUGGCUACCCAGACAGUCUCCGAGAGUAAUGGAACCAAAAUCCGGGUCGUGGAAGCCCAGCCUUACACACCACCUCCGCCACGGGUCGUCGACCCGGAAGCUCCAUCGGCAGUCGCG